AUGCGGCCCCGUCGCCGCCCUCAGCGGCCCCGUCGCCGCCCGCAGCGGCCCCGUCGCCGCCCUUGCGGCCCCGUCGCCGCCCCUAGCGGCCCCGUCGCCGCCCCUAUCGGCCCCGUCGCCGCCCCUAUCGGCCCCGUCGCCGCCUCCAGCGGCCCCGUCGCCGCUCCUAGCGACCCCGUCGCCGCCCCUAGCGGCCCCGUCGACGCCCUUCGAGGCCCCUCGCGGCCCCUUUGCGGCCCCGUAGCCCCCCCUAGCGGCCCCGUCGCCGCCCGUAUCGGCCCCGUCGCCGCUCCUAGCGGCCCCGUCGCCGCCCCUGUCGGCCCCGUCGCCGCCCCUAGCGGCCCCGUCACCGCCCUUCACGGCCCCUUCAGCUGCCAAGCGGCCGAACCACCGAGCCGCCGAGCUGCCCAGCCGCCGAGCCGCCCAGCAGUCGCGCCGCCCGGCAGCCGAGUCGCCCAGCAGCCAAGCCGCCAAGCAGCCGAGCCGGCCAACAGCCGAGCCGCCCAGCAGCCGAGCCGCCCAACUGCCGAGCCGCCCAGCAGCCGAGCCGCCCAGCAGCCGAGCCGCCCAGCAGCCGAGCCGCCCAGCAACCGAGCCGCCCAGCUGCCGAGCCGCCGAGCCGCCGUCGAGCCGCUACUGUUCCUACCGGCGCGCACCGGCCCUUCCCACCCGGACUGGGCAGACAGACUCUCCUUGUUUGAUCUCACCUCUGGUGCCUCUCCUGCCCCGCCUGCUACUGCUGACAGCACUAUUCGCUCACAGUGGGCCACACGCGAUGCUGCUGCUCGUCUUGCUGUGCGUCGCCACUUACCGACCGCUGAGCGUGCGCACUUUAGUCUGUACAAGAGUGCUAAGACCUUGUACGACGUUGUAGUUGCACGCUACUCUUCCCCUGCCACUGCUGCUCUUAGCCGCCUCAUGCUGCCGUACCUGUUCCCUGACCUUGCUGCCUUUCCCACAGUCACUGACCUCAUUACGCACCUUCGCACUAGUGACACUCGCUACCGCGCUGCGCUUCCUGCUGAGUUCUGUGCCAAGAACCCUCCCCCCAUGUACAUCACCCUCUACUACAUAGUCACCCGACUCCCUGACUCCCUUCGCUUAGUCUGGGACCACUUCCUCUCAGUUUGCCCCACCACACUCACCGUUGACCUCCUCGAGGAGCGCCUCCUGGCAGCAGAGAAGAGCAUAGUCGCUGUAGGAGCCUCUCGUGGUGACCCUCGUACCCCCGUCUUUGAGGGGUGUUCCCCCUCCCCCCUCUUGCCCUCUGUUGCUUCUGCUACUGCGGCCGACCUCGUUGGUUUCGAGUCGCGAGGUGGGGGUACUGGUCCCUGUACCUACGUCCUCCAUACCGGCGACCGCGCUGGUGAGCAGUGCGGGGGCUUGCACUCCACCCAGCGGUGCUUCGGCCGCCUGACGACCGCUUGGCGUCACCAGUUCCCUGACGCCACUGAGAUCCCCCACUGGGGAGAGCUGUCUAGGGCGGGGAUUGCUAUCUUUGAUCUUUACUAUGAUGCUAUUCUUGCUGCCAUGUAUGCUGUGUCUACUAGUGAUGAGGGUGACUGUUACCUGUGUGUUCCGCCUGACCCGGGCAUUGAGGCUGCUGCUCUAGGUGCUGGUGAGGCUGCUGCUCUAGGUGCUAGUGCGUCUGCUGCCCCAGGUGCUGGUGAGUCUGCUCUCUCAGGUACCACGUCGGCUCAGGCCUUACACACCUUCACCCUUGACUCGGGUGCUUCCCGCUCCUUCUUUCGAGACCGCACCACGCUUACACCGCUUAGUCCUCUACGGGAAGCACCCUUGACUUCACACGGGUGA